GUCUGUUUCCGUAUCCUCUUAGCAACGGGCUCUAGCGCGUUAUUGUUGACAGUUGGCUAAGAGACUGGCAGUAUUACAGAAAUGGCAGAAGUAGAAGAAACUCUGAAAAGGAUCCAGUCUCACAAAGGAGUACUUGGAACAAUAGUUGUAAAUGCAGAAGGAAUACCUAUCAGGACCACAUUAGACAAUUCCACAACUGUGCAAUAUGCUGGACUGUUGCAUCAACUUACAAUAAAGGCUAGGAGCACCGUGAGAGAUAUUGACCCACAAAAUGAUUUGACCUUUUUACGUAUCAGGUCAAAGAAGCAUGAAAUCAUGGUUGCCCCAGAUAAGGAAUACUUAUUGAUUGUUAUUCAGAAUCCUAGUGAAUAGAACACAUUCAUUUACAGUUGCAAUGUUGUCUUAAAAAAAAGACCUUCUAAAGGUAUCACAACUUUGGGGGGCUUUUUGCAGUGUUCAACCUGAAAUUCCCAUGGGAAUUACUGUCUUGGUGUUUUUUAAAUGAAUUCUUUCUUCGCAAAGCCUUGUAAUUAACUUUAAUUUGUAUUGUAUCAUGUAUUCAUCUAAGAAGACCUUUGUCUUACUGUUCUGUGAUCUGUUUACUCAUGUUCUGUACUGGAAAGUGCAAUUUCAAUGCCAAAAAAAGAAGCAAAAAAUAAAUGUCUAAAAUACAAAAAAAAA